AGUGGCUGCAGCCGCCCCUGCCCCUGCUGGCCCUGGCCAGCUGCUGGGACCCACCACCCCGCGCAGCGCAGCCGCCGCGGAGCAGAGGAGCGCACACAGUCGGCCAUGGGCAAGUCAGCUUCCAAACAGUUCAAUAACGAGGUCCUGAAGGCCCACAACGAGUACCGGGCUCAGCACGGUGUCCCCCCACUGAAGCUUUGCAAGAAGCUCAACCAAGAAGCUCAGCAGUAUUCAGAGGCCCUGGCCAGCACAAGAAUCCUCAAGCACAGCCCAGAGUCCAGUCGUGGCCAGUGUGGGGAGAACCUUGCGUGGGCAUCCUACGACCAGACAGGAAAGGAAGUGGCUGAUCGGUGGUACAGUGAAAUCAAGAACUACAACUUCCAGCAGCCUGGCUUCACCUCAGGGACCGGACACUUCACAGCCAUGGUGUGGAAGAAUACGAAGAAGAUAGGCGUGGGAAAGGCAUCGGCAAGUGACGGCUCCUCCUUUGUGGUGGCCAGAUACUUUCCUGCAGGGAAUGUCGUCAACCAGGGCUACUUCGAAGAAAAUGUCCCGCCUCCAAAGAAGUAACUCACCAAAUGUCACGAGAAGCUGGAGACACACAUACGGAAGUGCCUAUAGACAAAGAGCCAGCCGAGGGUCUGCCCCUGUGGGCGUACUGUGCACACACAGGCAGCUGGCCAUGAGCUCAUCCCGGUUAAAGGAUGGACAUCCGAAGCGUUUAUCCCAAAGGUUACCUAGGCCACAGUUACUUAGAUUUGGGUGAGAUCAAUCCUGACAUCUUUUUGCUGUUAGUUUUUAAGCAGACUUCUUUUGUGUAUCUCUUACUUCUGAUAUCUAUCCUCGGACUUGUGUAUCCUGAAUAUUUGCCAUGCUGAGAAGUAAGGUCGUUUGAUGGGAACUUCCUGCGUUGUAAUCUCCUUUUGGUAGAUUUUUGAAGAGUAUUAAAGCUUCCUUUAAAUGUGACAUAAAGCAGCUUACAUUAGAGAUGUGUGACCAGCUCCAUUCCACCGAGUCGCUGAGAUUUCUCGUUCUUGACUGGAAGACAGAUAUCAUCCCACACCCACUGGGAUUCCCUAAUGGAAUUGCCAAAGAGCAAAAGGAGAAGGAAAAACAAACCCUUACUUCCUCGGAGUUUUUACCCUUUAAAGAGCAAAUGGCACAGCCACUAGCGCCUUUCACACCUCUUAAAUUUCAGGGCUUACAGCACCACUUCUGGCUUCUGGGGGCGGGGCUAGGUCUGGAAUACAGCCCUACCCCCCAAUCUCUUCCCGCUGGACCCUCACAUGGCCUGGGCUUUUGGCCAAGGUCUUGGACUAUGAAGUCAGUGGUGUAGGGGUGAGGGUGAGGUCACUUGGGGGCCCUAGAGGAAACCCCACAGCCUCUGUCCUUCCCCAGCCCAGGAGGCGGUAACCACCCAGGCUUGUCCAGGGCAGCUGUAGCUGCAGCCGAGCUGUGGCUCCCUCCUGGAAUGUGUGACAAGCCCAAAUGCUCCCAGGAGGAGGCCCAAACAGGGAGAUUAGGAACGCCAAUUUGAUUUUGCGUUUUGCCUCAAACUAUACACAGUUCCCUCUGAAGAGAGGUUUAACCCAAGGUCCAUUCAGGAGGGACCAAGCCAGGGGUCCAGUUGAGUGUCUCUGAAAUUACGGCAUCUCCUUCUGCCAAUGGAAGGGCUGGAGGAAGGGGUUGUUGACCUAAGAACAGACCGAGGCUGCCGGUCUUUGUUAGACUGUGAACAGUCUCACACUGUGCCAUUUGGUUCAUCCAGGGAUA